CUUCAAUGUAGAUGGCGCCUUCCAAAUUUGAGGCACCCGCGCCAUCAAUCAUUCAAGGAAAGCAAAAGGCAUGAAAGAUGCAACAACUAAGGGAAUUUGUACGUGUAUUGUAGUAUAGUGCUAUGGGGCGUGGAUGUGGCUAGAAUAUAUUUCAUCUAGAUGUUAAGUCAAGAGAUUGCCCAAACCAGAUAAGGAUCUGUGCAAUGUCGAUUUCAACCACAACGAACCCACUGUUUGCCUGUACUAAGUGCAACAGUCGUCACCCCUUUGAGGAGCUUUCGCAAGGGCAGCAACUGUGUAAGGACUGCAGAGGUUCCUAUCCAGUGGUGAAAUGCACUUACUGCAGGGCAGAGUUUCAGCAAGAGAAUAAAAGCAGCACAAAUACUAUCUGCAAGAAAUGUGCACAAAAUGUCAAGCUCUACGGCACUCCAAAGCCAUGUGAAUACUGCAAUGUAAUCGCUGCUUUUAUUGGAAAUAAAUGUCAACGUUGUGCCAACUCGGAAAAGAAGUAUGGUCCUCCACACACAUGUGAACAGUGCAAGCAGAAAUGUGGAUUUGAUAGGAAAGAAGAGAGAAAGAAGGUGGAUGGAAAACUUCUGUGUUGGUUAUGCACACUUUCCUACAAAAGAGUUCUUCAGAAAGCUAAGAAGCGUAAAUAUGAGCUUGUCAGCAGCCACCAUCGUAGUUCCUCACAGCCCUCAAAGGAAGCAAACAACGGAGAAUCUGCCAAACCAGAUGACAAGUUAGAAAAGUUAAAUAGCAGGUCAUCAUCAAAUGACAAUGACACUAAGAGAGUGAAGUCAGACUACUCUAGCAAUGGUGUACUUCCAUCAUCAGUGAACAAAUCAGAUUUAAUGUUUGUGGAUCCUGGCAAUACUGAUCAUAUGGUAGCCAUGACUCAACUUCGGGAGCAGAUUGCAUCUCUUAAGAAGCUCUUGGCAGAAAAGGAGAAGAUCAUCUUAGAGAGAGAUAAAAAGAUAACUGAAUUACGAGCAACUCACAUGCAGAUUGAGAAAGAAUUGAGAAACAAGCUUGCAGUUCUUCAGAAACAACAUGGUGAAACCAUGGAAGAUGUCCAGGCCAAGAACCGUGCACUUGCCAAACAGGUUUCAAUGAUGUGUAAAACAAAGCCAGAAAAGACUGAUGCAAAGAUACAAGGACAAGGCCCUGUUUUAUGAUGAUGGAUCCAGCUUGCAGUCUAGAUUAGUAAUGGUAAAGUUGAUGACUACUGUGAGCUCCAUGUUUGAUAACUCCUUGUCGUUAGCUCAUCCUGUGACUAGUCUGUCUCAAGCCUGCAUUACUGCAUCUUCUUGUUCACCACUCUUUCAGGACAUUACACAUUUAUAUUCUUAUUUUAACAUUAAUAAUUUUAAGUAUGUACAUGUAAAUACAAGUUGUAUAGAACUUUUUUACAUUUCUCCUAAGUGUUUUUAUAUUUUUCAACAUGUCACUCAGUUGUUUUAGAAAACAUGUUUACAUACUCCGUGUGUGGCCAUUGUAUAUAAUUGUAAUGCAACACAAAAAACCAGAAGUCACUUAUGCUGCGUGUACAGAUUUUUCAUUUUACAAGCCUUCUCCAAUGAAGGGCCAAUAGGCAAAGAGAAAAUUAAAAAUGCAAGUCUAUCACAAUCUAUUUUUCUUGUCUCCGAAUGGGUGAUAAUGGUGUAUGUCAUGCAGCAAGCUUAAUGCUUCGUUUUCAAGGGUAAAUCCUCCUUCCAAGUCUUCAAUUAAAUUGCGAUGCCUGGAACUAAUUAAGUUAAUGUCCAUGAUCCAAACAUUUGUGGUGGGAUACAAUGAAAAAUUAGUCAAUAAUUUGUUCAUUGGGAUAUUGUUUGUUUGUUUUGUAUUUUAAAUUGCACCGAGAAAGAAAAGUUGAGUUAUAUUACAUGCUAAGCAGUUUUCAGGAGUAAAUCAAUGUGAAAUUAAACUGAACAAUUCUAUUAGGUACUGCGGAACUGGGACGUCAAAUUCAGCCAAUGCAUUUUGUGUGAACUUUGACUGCACCCUCAUCUCUGAUGUAAUACGUAAAGAGUCUUGACAAAAAUUGUUUAAAAGUGGCACUGAUAUGCUGUUUCCGUUGGCUAAGGAUCGAAGGGACCAGUAGCAGUGACAUAUUUCAUGAUGAUGUCUUUGAGUGUUGGCAUGCUGUAACAUUGUCUACCCAUCAACAUAAGGGAUGUUUGAAUUCUUUUGAACUAGUCCACUUGUGGAAGUACGUGUAUCUAUUUGUAUGGGCCACCAAUGUUCCUUGCCUGUUCGUUAUUUUAACUGUAUACAUAUAUAUGAUUUGAUUUUAUUUCAUAUGUUUUAUGCAUCAGUAUUAUUGCAGAUUAAAAUAGGAGUCGUUUUGAAUUGGUAACUUCAUAAAAGGGUUUUAUUCUUCACAUCCUAAGAGAACACGGAUAAAGAAAAGACACAAAACAAGUGAGGAAAUUGCUAGGGAUGAACUAACUAAAGAACAUUCAGGGAGACAUUUAUAUUUGAAGAGGAUGCAAUUUGACAAUUUUCCCAAAUUGCAUUGGCAACUUUUGGUUGAUUUCAAUUGGUGGAGCUAGAAUUUGUGGGCCUUUCAUAGCAUGUGUCCAUUUAGCACGGAAUAUUUGUUUCAGGGAUGUACAUGUAUAUGAGAAUGUAGCCGUAGGGAUCCAUCUGCAUGUCAAUACUUCAUUUCGCCCAAAUGAGAUCUAAACACCUGACAAUUGUCCAAAUCCAGCAAUCAUGGUGGCAUCUGGAGGGGGAACACUCUCACAACCAGAAUAGCACCACUAGCUGUGGGCAAAACGUCUGAAUGUAAUAGAGAUGUAUCAUGUAUCAUGAAAGCUGAAUUUUUGUGGUGUUGUGGGUAAUAUUUCAAAAUGACAAAAUGUUCUUGCAUUGUUGUUUUGGUAACUUGAUCAAUGACUGUUGCCUUUACUGGAAAGUAAAUGUAUGUACAUACAGUUUACAUCACUGUACAUAGGAUUAUGCCAGUCAUACAUUCUUGUGUUGGCUUGUAGCAAUGUGAUAUGUAGUGAUGGAAUUACAUUGUAUAUUCAGAAACACACCUGUGUGCUGCACAACAGUGUCUUGCUAUUUCCAAGUAACUGUUGGUGUUUGCCAAAACACACAAAAGAAUAUAGCCAGUUCAUUGACGAUGUUUUUGAGAUUAA